UAAAACUGCUGGGGCGCUCAGAGAACAAACACAGUCUGCUGUGGGACUCUGUUGAGCACUUCUCAGACUCUAAGCCUCUGCCCUGGAUUAUUUGGGACAGAAGGAAACUUGAAUAUGGACUACACAUGGCUGCUGCUGCUCCUGCUUGACCUCGGUGGAGCUCUUUGUGCUGUGGUGCAAUGGAAAGAAUUAGAUGAAGCAAAGGCCUAUUUGAAGCAGUAUGGUUACCUGAAUGAACCCACUGAUCCACAGGACCCUCAUUACCUGGAGGAGGUCAUUGAAGCUCUCAGGGUCUUCCAAAAGGCGAAUGAUCUGCUACCUACUGGAGAAAUAGAUGACGCUACUCUGGAUGUGAUGAGACAGCCGCGCUGUGGCAUGGAGGACCCCUUCAACAAGAAACACCACAAAUACAGAGUGAUGGGUCGUUGGAGAAAGAGGAGUCUGACUUACCGCAUCUACAACUACACACCUGACAUGAAGAGGGCAGAGGUGAAGGCGGCCAUCCGUGCUGCCUUCAAGUACUGGAGUGAUGUGGCUGCUUUGACCUUCAGAGAGGUCGACUAUGGCAGAGCAGACAUUAAGAUCUCCUUCCAUAAAAAAGAUGGCUCCUGCUCCACCCCAUUCGAUGGCCUUGGUCAUGUACUCGCUCAUGCUGAGUCGCCAGAAUCUGGUAUUGUCCAUUUUGAUGAGGAUGAGUUCUGGACAGAGGGAACAUAUUAUGGCACUAAUCUCCGCAUUGUGGCUGCCCAUGAAAUUGGCCAUGCCCUCGGCCUGGGCCACUCUCAGUACAGAAGCGCUCUGAUGGCUCCAGUCUACUCUGGUUACCGUUCCAACUUCAGACUGUAUUCAGAUGAUAUCAGAGGCAUCCAGGCGUUAUACGGCAAGCGCAUCACCAGCACUUUAACCAGUCCAACAACACCAGAUGGUCUGUUUCCAACAAAAAGCAGCCAUGAUCCUGAGAGCGUCCCUGACCCCUGCACUGCCACACUCGAUGCUAUCAUGUUAGGUCCAUGGAGGAAAACCUUUGCAUUCAGUGGUGAUUACGUCUGGACCAUCUCUGACCUGGGGCACAACACACCAUUAAGGACUGACAGGUUCUGGCGCGCCCUCCCUGGAAACCUGAAUGCUGCCGUGCACUCUCCAAGAACCAACAAGACAUACUUUUUUAAGGGCAAAAAAGUCUGGAGGUACACCAUGUUCUCGCUGGACUCCGGCUACCCCAAGGACGUUAAACGGAUCCCUGCCAAUAUUGAUGCAGCCCUGUACCUGGAAAGGCCCAAGAGGCUGAUGUUUAUCAAGGGUUCGGAGUUCUGGCAGUGGGAUGAGCUGGGGCACAAUGGCUUAACUCGCUACCCCAAACCACUCUCUUUGCUCUUCACCGGACUGCCGCCCAGUCCGGAUGCAGUCUUCACCUGGACCAAUGGCAAGGUCUUCUACUUUAAGGGGGAUGAUUACUGGCGCCUGAGUGACACGCUGAUUGUAGACAGAGGCUACCCCCUGAGCAAGAAGGAGCGCUGGAUGCAAUGCUAGGGGUCGACCAUCAGGGGGCAGCAUGUAUUAAGGGGUCUGCAGCAGCGGUGCUGGGUCUUCUACUCCAGAGGCAUUGACAACCAUGCAACCUCAACAGCAGUGAUUAAUUGUGAAUUAUCAUCCAUAAAAAAAUGUAUAGGAAUUGAUUUUAUGUCACUGGAUCUGAAUUCAAUCCAAUCUACUCCUCUCUGCAGCGGGCUGAUUUGUGGGGCUUACUUCUUGAGCACAAACGUGUGUUUUUGUGAGUGUGAGAAUUAUGUAAGCUUUUGUAUGAUCUCAGGGAGAAAUCAAGGGAGGCCUUCUGUUUUUCUCUCAAACAUAUGUGUUGGAUUAUGUGUCUUAAUACUUUCAGUAAGAUGUAAUAUGAUGAUGGGAGUGUGCACUUUCUGUUCAGACAUUUUGUUAAAGCAAUUACGCAACGCUUUGAAAGUACGUUCAGUGCUCUUAAAUGGUACUAAACGCUUCCAUUAUCUAAAAAAAAAAAUCACACUGGUCUGUGAGAAAUCAUGUGGCACUGAUUUGUGUCCUGAUUUUUUUUUAAGUGAAAAUGUAAACAUUUCUACGAAUAAACAAGACAAAAUGUCUGCUGUAAAA